CAGAUGUAGGAAAUCAAGAGAUCAUUCGAAAACUUGCAUCUCCAGAGAAGGAUUGUUUACGCUUAAUCCCCUUCCUGGUGUUUAGCUGCAUUAGAUAUGGCGACAGGCGGUCAGGAUUCUUGCGUUUAUGGAAGUGAUGUGGAGAAGUACACAAAAUGUCCAUGUUGUUCGAAAAAUUACAUUGACCCUUGGUUUCUACAAUGUGGUCAUACAAUGAACUUGAGAUGUAUUCGUAGGCAGCAACCAAUUGUAAAAUGCUCUGUUUGUGAUGAAACCUUUCUUCAGGCUACAAGUAGGAUUGCCAUAAAUCGGUUUGCUAAAGAUAUUUCUUUGAAGGUAGCAUAUAGGGAAAUCACCAACCUUUUGCUCACUAAUCCCGCAUGUUCUUUAAGUGAACAUACCGAUAAAGAUGCAGUAAGUUACUGUGAAAGAUGCAGUAUGAGGAUGUGUCACAAUUGCAAUCAAUUUCAUAGCAUGAAUCCCUCAACUAAAAGACACAAAACAUACGAAGUCAGUGAGAUGAUUGACAGGAAAUGCCAUGAGGAGGAUAUAAAUGUUGAUCCACAGUCACCUUGUGAAUACCACGAUCAUGAAAUCAUUAAGAAUUGGUGUUUAGACUGUAAAAUUCCAUCUUGUAAUGAAUGUUGUUCAGGACAUCAUUUAGAGUCACUUUCAAAACAUGUAAUAAGAGCCGAAAAUGAAAUUCGGAUAAUAAAAGAAAAACUCGAAAGAGGUUUAACAGCUAUACAAAUCGAUUUGGAAGUGGUAAAACAAAAUAAAAAAAUAAUAAAACAAGGAGGACACUUAAAAGGAGAAAUUGCUUCCGAAAUGGAGUGGUCCAAACAAAAAUGCAAACUUGUCAUUAAAAUAUAUGACGUCUUAUUACGGGAAGUGUCUCUGCUUCAAAAGAAGGGGAACGAAUUUCACAAGUGUUACACUCUGCCAUUUUUCUCAUUCCAAACUAAAAGAAUUCAAGAAUCGACCAACAGUAUUCCAAGUAGUAGUCGGAGUGCCAGCAUCAGAUCAUCUGCAUCAACCAACAGCGAUUCUAGCUCGUCAGCCACUUAUAGCAUGUAUAUCAAUUCGAGACUUUCUAGCUCAAUGUAUACUUCAGCCGAUAGGACGAGAAACAUGUAUGAAAAUAUGAAUGGAAUGAGUGAGAUGGACGCAUUAUAUGGUAAUGAGGAUCUCUACACUGACAUCAGUCAAAUCAAAUCAUCAAAAGUCAAUGAGUCGUCUUUAACACGGAGUAGAAGUACACAGAACAGUGAAGACAUUCAAGAAAGACUGAACUAUUUUGACACGGAAUCAAGAAUUACAGGUAUGGUUUAUGUGAAUGACAUCAUCAUAGUUGCCAGUCAUUCUGCAGGAUUUUGUACUGGUUAUGACAUCCAUGGUAAAAUCUUAUGGGAUAUAACAGAAAGAUUGAAUGGACCCUUUGAUGUAGCAGCUUAUACGUCAGACGACAGGAAAGAAUACCUUUACAUCACAGAUCCUGGAAGACGUUAUUUAUCUUCAGACGCAACAAUCCAUGUCUUCAAAUUGAGGAAAAAUGAUCGAUACAGUUUUGAGAAAAGAUUUACGAAAAAUUGUGAUAAACCGCAAGGAAUUUGUGUAGCAUCCUCAAAAGUUUAUGUUUGUGAACCAAGGAAAAAUGAAGUAAUCGAAUAUACCAUUCGCAGGAAUGGGACAGGACAAGUUCUUAAUAAAUACGGAAAAGGUGUUGUGUUUCUUAAGCAACCCUCGUAUGUUUCGGUGGAAACAGGUAGUUCCAAAAUUAGACUUUUGAUAUCCGAUAAAGAACUUGGCUUAAAAAGAGUUGUGCUCUCCGAGAGGGAAAGCAAUACAAGUGGUUGGAAAAGUCCGAAGGGUGAAUAUUUCACUCCGUCCAAACCUUGUGUUUGUAAGAACAAUGUUGUUGUAGGAAAUUCAACAGGUCAAAAAUUACAUUUUGUAAAUUUUCAGACUCGAAUGUUGAGCCACAAAGAAUAUGAAAUUGAAAAUAUUUUUCACAGUCCUGUUGCACUUGCGUUUGAAAGCAAUCAGGGAUACCUUAUAAUGGCGUGUAAAGAUGGUCAUGUUGUCAUAUAUCGCACUGUGGAUCAAGUGGAAAUGUAUGAAAUAAUUCCUGAAGUGAAAAACGAUGAUCCAGUCUAUGUAAAUCAUUAUUUUCCAAUGUAAUUAGAAACAAGCUUAAUAUAAUGUUAUCGUUAUAAAUUAAUUUGAGCUGUUUCAUAAACAAUAGAAUUAAAAAAA